AUGUCGAUGCUAUGCACAGGAGAUCCAUGCGAGAUGGCUGGCCAAUGCGUGCAGACUGCUUUGAAGGCGGUUUGUUGCUGGGCAAAUGGUGGGCGAUUGGCAGCAAGAUCGAGCCUAGUGCGCGUUGGUGCCAGUCUCCCAAAGAAGGAGGAAGCGGAUGUCGAGUUCGGGCCGUUCUUGAAGGCUACGCCAGUCAAGUUGGGGAACGAGGAGGAGGAGGAGGCUGCGUCGGUCAAGGCGGCAAGCCAUGCUCCGGAGCGACGUCCGAGACUGUCCCUGGCAUCCACGGCAACUCCCGAAGCGGACUCAGAGGCUGUUGACAAUGCUAUGGACUCAGAUGACGAAGCUUUGCAUGCCUCUCCUGGCGACGAGGCCUCCCUCGGCUUUGCCGCCGAGCAGGAUCCAUAUGGAUACUGGUAUGCUCCGGUCCCGCUGGAGCCAGGUUCCCUUCCGCAGGAGGUAGAGCUUUGGCAAGGCGAUGGUGCUCAGGUCUCAAUGGAUUGCUUCCACGCAGAGGGCGAGGCCCACGAGACGGCGGCCAAAGGGCUCUCGCUCAUGCCCUUCUCUGGGUUCAUCCAGAGGCUGGCGCCGUACCUCACGGUUCCGGACUACACGGGCCUCCGGUCUACGUGCAGCAGCGUCCAGGGAACCCUGCACACCAAGGCGCUGCUCUCGCACCUGGUGUACCUGAUGCAGCCUGAGAGGCCAGACGUUUUUGCUGCCACUGGCCAGUGGUGCAACUCGAACUGCAGCGAACAGUUCUGGGAGAGCCUCGAGGAAGGCCCACGGCUACGGGCAGGCAAAGCAGGCCUUUGGAUCUUCUUCAGGGCCAUGACCCGGUGGCGGAAGCGGGACCCUGCAGCAAUGGUGCCGGUGGCCAAGAGCAUGAGAGCACACUGCCACCACGAGCAGCCCGACAUCGCAAGGAGUUCCCAGCGGAUUUUGGCUGUUUGCGCUGGAUGCCUUUUCUCGAUCCGCGGCCGGGGUGCCGGGGUGAAGGGAGUGCGACACCUCUUUGCCAGAGACGUUCUACACUGGCUACAACACGGGGACGCCAACAUCCGCAUGGAAAUUUGCUGUGAACUCGCCAGGUGCGGCCCCGACUUACUCGGAAGGUUCAACAAAGCUUGUGCUGCCGGUCUCCUGGACGCUUGCAGACCCCCGAACGAUGCCGCUCUCCGCCGCAGUGCAAGGAAAGCCCUCAGAGUCUUCGUGGAAAACGACGCAGCACUGCACCCCUUCGUGCGGCCGCAGCUCCACCAGCUCACUUGGGACCCAUGGUUGAUCCAAGAUCGAGACGAGAGGCUUGAACUCUGCCAAAUCGAAACCUACAUCGACUUCUGCAACCUUGGGAAAUUCCUGUGGCAGGCUCUGGAGAUGGGCCGAAUGUGCCUGGUGACAAGCCAAAGCCACAUCCUCACGGCAUGA